UUUCUUAUAGAGUGCCAAGCAGCCUGUUUCAAUUCCUCUUCCUACAUAUUUUCGAAAAGUGGAAGAGAUUUCAAUGAAAACUGGAGUGUCUGUAAAGACCAGCGAGGUUACUUAGUCUCCAUCGAAACUGAAGAAGAAUGGCAGUUUAUCAGUCAUGAGAUUCAAAAGCGUGGUACUUGGAAUACUAGUGCGUGGCAUAUUGGUUUAAGGAAUAUAAACGGGGUUUGGACUUGGAUUAGUGGAGAUCAACUGAGUAUAUCGAAAUGGCAAGAAUCUGAGCCAGGUGAUAACGACGAUGGAGCGGAAAUAUCCAAGAAUGGAGGCCUCUUUAUUGGUAUCUCUUGGGGUGAUAAAAACGCCUUCAUUUGCGAGGUGCCCGGAGGUAAGAUCACAUUCCAACCAUAAAGUAUAUUAUGUGCUCAAACAUUGCAGUCUUGCACUUGUUUUACUUAAAAGUAAAAAUGUUGUUCACAUAAUAUGCUCGGCUCACCUAACUUGUACGUGUGAGCGACGAAUGAACUUUUAAGCGUGUAUUAAUGGUUGAAAAUAAUGCCCAUGAAAAAAUCCGGGACAUAUUUUUUGCAUCGCCAGCAGCUGAAAAAACAGCGAUCAAGAUUUUGUCGAGUGCGUUGAGAUUGAAAUAAUCUAGCCAACGGAAUUUUCCCUCGCCAUAAGUUCAAUGAGGUCAGUGAGUGAAUGCAUGUUCUUUUAAACAUAACACAUCGAAGUAUGUAUGGCCAAGAUCUUUGAGUACCGGUACUGAAGACAGAGUGCACAGUUUUUCCCAGUACAGACCGACUUCGGCUGGUGAAUAACAGUUUUUUUUUUUCUUUUAAACUCAACGAAAUAUUUCCCAAAAGAACCCUAAGGAGUUAGUGCUGUAAUUACGGCAAGAUUCUCCAUGAACUGAACAAUUUUUGAACGAGUAAAUGGUAGUUGAGGUAAUGCAAGUUAAAUAGAGGCAUCACUUAAUUAUUUUUAUUUGUGUUAUGAAAAAGGUGAUUUAAAAGGCUUCUUAACAAGCUUUGAAACAAUGUCAUUUUUCUACAAGUAUCUGUCACAAUCUGACAUCUGUCAAUUUGAGAGCGUGUAAGAAACAAAAGCGCCUGCACGUUUUAAAAGAAAAAACAACAACGACAACAUCAACAGCACUGGUUUGGCAAACAAACUUAAGUUCAAUGUCUGUCAUGAAAAGUAUUUUCUUUAAAAACAGUCAAUGAUCUUACGGAAAGUAUUACUCACUUCCAUCGACUAUUGAUGAACGAAGUAUAACUCUGUUCGGUCAGUAAAUGGAAAGUAAUUGUAAGUAAAUUUAAAUCUGUUUGCUUUGCUCAUGUGCUUGGUGCAAUCACGUGUGCAAAUCUGGUCCUUUAUCAAAAGGGGAAUCUUAAUGCAGCUUCUUCUCGUUGAAUUCCUUCGUUUUCUGUUGCGAAGUUUACGGUACAAAUGUCCUAAUUGAGCAGACUCGUAAAGACUUACCGAAAGCGUAUUUAAAGUAUAGAACUGAAGAUAUCGUUCACUGUUUUCAAUGAACAAAUUGUUUGAAAGAACUCAGAUAUAAAAUAAAUGAAAACUCCAUCAAUUAAUUCAAUUUUAAACAAAUAGCGCACGUUCUAACUUCCUGAAUUACUUCUAGUGAAGGUCUAGGUUAGUUACAAACGGUUUUUAGGCCGCGUGUCAACCCAUUUAAUAGCAUAUUUGCUACCAAAAAUCAUUUCAAAACCAUUUUUUUUACCGGCAGCCACAGUGACUUGAGAGAGAGAAGGAGCGGAUUAAUAAGUUAUUAAUCAACUUGAUUUGCUUAAAAAUACUGCCCAGUUGGCAAACGAAAUAUAUUUAUGGAAAAUGGCAACGAAGCUAGGGUUCUAGCCAGCGUUGCCGUGCCGCUAGGUAGAGAUAGGAAAAUCCGGACCGCAUUAAGAACCACAAAAACUGCACAAUUCGUUACCGUGCCUUCUAAGAAAAACAAAUGAUAAGUACAGUUCUUUCGGGAAACGUUUCCGGGAAAAAGCGUGUCAGAAGUGCAAGCGAUAACCUUGAUAGGUAUUACGGGUAGCUUUCAGGUCAUGGUUAGACGACCUCAGGAUUUCAGGGAAAUCUAAGAAAAUGUCACUUUAAGGACGAGGCAUCACGGGUUUGAACCUAUUUUUAAUACGACUGACUUUAAAUUCUAAACUGCAUGAAAAACAGAAAAAAUUACAAGCGAACCCUAUUUAAUUUAUCUUUACAGUGUUGAUUGCCGCCACCCAGAUAAUAGCGGAGCUCGCAGAGCGUAGCCCCAUAGUUAUAAAAAAUUGUCGUAACCCAUCAAGCCGAAAAAAUUUGGAUGUACGACCGUACGACCGUACAUGGUGCUACUUUUAACAUGCGUGGUCAACUGUAACGUGGGCACGCCAACGUCACGGCUUUGUUCAGUAGUCCAGUGGUCAGUGCAAGGCAUUGUGCCCUUGAGACAUGCGGGAAAAAAAAAUGCGAGCUCUACCUUUAGGCUUGGCGAAAACUAUAUGUUAUUUUAAGAUCGUCGCGUGCACUUUAAAUUUUUGUUUUUGUUUUGUUUUGUUUUGUUUUUUUCCGACAACCUUUCCCAUAACAACUGAAUACGGUUACUGCGUAUUUCCAGUUGCACAUAUAUGAAAACUUACAUUCAUAUUUAAUUUUACGUUUUUUAAGUCUCUUUAGAUGGGGGAGGAAGAAUAGGGGGCGGGGUGAGGGGAGGUGUCAGCCUAACAAGGAACUAAUAAACAUCCAAAAAUUCAACUAUUAAAAUUACAUGAACUCACUGAUAAUCUUAGCUGAUGCAAAGUAGUUAACUAAUUCAGAAAAGCAGGGAAGAGAUGGUAGACGCCGUAGUGAAGAAACCUGUACUGUGUUAAUUGACAGUGAUCAAUCAAACAUAAACUGCAGAUGUUAAAUUAAAAAGAAAGGAAUGAAAUAGAAAAUGAAAAGCAGUCACGUUUUCUUUCUCAGUUAUUUUUCUCCUUUAUUGUGAUUGUGAUCAUAGUCUCUUUAUAUUUUGAUCAUUAUUAUUAUCACUUUGCUUAUCAUCAUCAUGAUAAUUAGUAUUUUUGUUUCCGUUUUCAUCAUUUUGUAGGAUGCUCAAACAUAACUUUUAAGAACUCUUGGUACAUAUUUUCGGUGGUUGGAUGGUACUGGCUCCGGAACAGAGAAGCCUGCCGAACCCAAGGAGGGGACCUAGUUUCCAUUGAAACCGAAGAAGAAUGGAAUUUCAUUAAUGACGAGAUUCAAAGGCGGAAUACUUGGAACCAUGGAAAUAAAAAUAAAUGGGACAUUGGUUUAACAAAAAAGGCCGGCAAUUGGACCUGGGUGAAUGGAAGACCGCUGACUAUUUACAAAUGGGGAAAAGGGGAUCCAAGUGGUGAACACGAUGCAGCUUUCAUGUACAAGCUGUCCAAUAAUGGCGAACAGGGCGUGUUUGGUAGCGUUAAUGGUACAAGUCGGAAAAACUGGCCGGCUUAUAUUUGUGAGAUUUCCAGGGGUAAGUUUUUUUGUUUUGUUUUCGUUUUAUUAUUAUUAUUACUCUGA